AUGCUAGAAUCAUUAGGUUUCUUGAUAAAUGAACGUAAAAGUUGUAGGACUCCGGCAUUGAGGUGUAAAUUCUUGGGAAUGAUUAUUGAUUCAGUGCAAUACACACUCGAAUUACCAUUAAAUAAAAAAGAGAGUUUAAUCGAUCUACUUAAGCGGAGAUUAACAGAAAAAAGAUGUACAAUUAAAGAAUGUGCAGAGUUAAUAGGUAAAUUAAUAGCGGCCUGUCCAGCGGUUGAAUAUGGUUUUCUGUAUACGAAACGAAUUGAAAGAGAAAAGAUUUUGGCAUUAGCGAAACAUAGUGGAGAUUAUAAUAAAGGUAUGAGUUUAUCUGUUUCUGCUCGACGUGAUUUAAGAUGGUGGCUAAACAGUUUACCAGAUGCAAGAAAUAGUUUCAAAUCAGCGGAGUAUACAGCAGUAAUAUACUCUGACGCUUCGGGGACAGGUUGGGGAGCCACGGACGGUUUAGUAGAAGCGCACGGUCAUUGGAAUAGUUUUCAGAAAGUUUUUCAUAUUAAUUAUAGAGAGCUGCUAGCGGUAAAAUUAGCAUUAAAGACAUUGGCGAGUAGUUUAUAUAACUGUCAAAUACUACUUAGGGUGGACAACACUACUGCGAUUGCGUAUAUUAAUAGAAUGGGGGGUGUACGAUAUUCUCUGUAUAACAAAUUGGCGAAAGAAAUAUGGCAAUGGGCGGAAAAAAGAAGAAUUUUCCUCUCUGCAUCUUAUAUUCCCUCAAUUGAGAAUACUCAGGCAGACAGACUAUCAAGAUUAAACGAUGAUAUAGAAUGGGAACUUAACCCCGAAAUAUUUGGUAUUAUUAAAGAACAGCUGGGCUGUCCUGAGGUUGAUUUGUUUGUUAAUGGAGAAAACAGGAAGUGCGAAAAAUUCAUAUCUUGGAGACCGGAUCCAGAGGCCAUUCAGAUUGAUGCUUUUACAGUUAGCUGGUCGAAGUUAAAAUUCUAUGCCUUUCCACCGUUUAGUUUAAUUUUAAAAACCUUAGUUAAGGUUAAGCGGGAUAAAGCAACGGGAAUCAUGGUAGUCCCAAGAUGGCUAGAACAACCUUGGUACCCUCUAUUUAGAGAGUUACUUUUAAAAGAGCCUCUAAUCUUCGAACCAGACAAUAAUUUAUUGAUGUCACCCUGUAGGACAAAGAUACAUCCUCAAGUGGAUCACUUAUACUUGAUGGCCGGCUUAAUAUCAGGGAAGCGUUUCUAA